AUGCUUAAAAGGGUGGAUCCUAACAAUCCUAUUUUGGUUGCCUACCUGAAAACAUUCGAUUCAUCUAUUCCAACGGGAAUUUUGUUGCCACGGGAAGCGAAGAAGUCAAAAAAGUUAAAGAAGGUUGCUCCUGCUUCACCUGAACAAAAGAAAAAUGGUUCGAAAUCCUCUAAAUCUCCAAAGAAGCAGACUAAAAAUGUUGAAGUGACAAUUGAUGAAACACAUGUGAUUGAGCCAUUUGUGGAAGAGACUCAAGAGAAUGUUAUUAUUCCUUCGAAAACUGGGAUGUUUCGAAGAAUCAAGAUGAAAUCUACUCACAAACGAAAUUCAUUAUUACAAAAGCUGGUUUGCAAACCUCAAAUUACUCACCAAGGAGUUUUAAUUCGUGAUGUACCUGUUCCUGUUUCUCCCGGUCCAAGAAACGAGUAG